CGACCCGCGUACUGUCGGUAUAGUGAAGAAAUCUGUCUGAUUCUGUUUCUUACUAAAGGAUCGCUAACGUCGCGACAUGCAAUCAUGAAUUUCUUUUAGUAAAAUUGUAAAAGAGGUCUCAUAACCAAAGAAAAUAGCUCAUUGUUAUAUGUUUGUAUAACUGGCGUGAGAAAAAUCUUGCUCUUAUACGUGUGCAUUAGGGUUUCGAUCAAUCUUUAAGUUCAUGAACUCAUAGUAUUCGGUUAAUUGGGUUUGUUCGUGAUUGAAUCUACGCUAAAUUUAUAGCGUUUCGACAAUUCUUCUUUCGUGAGAUUUAAUUCGGUGGUCACCUACGGGUGAAUAGAGAUGGCCACCCCUCAAACUCCGGGUAUGGAUCCUUGGGUAAUCCAACCCAGAGAACGUGCAAGAUAUAGAGAGCAGUUUGAUUCUUUAAAACCAAUCAAUGGAGUUGUUACUGGAGAACAAGCAAAAGAAUUUUUACUUAAAUCACAGCUUCCACCUGUCAUCCUUGGACAAAUAUGGGCUUUAUCAGAUACAGAUGCAGAUGGGAAAAUGGACAUAAAUGAAUUUAGUAUUGCAUGUAAAUUAAUUAAUUUAAAGUUACGUGGUUUUGAAAUUCCUAAAGCCUUGCCUUCAGCUUUAAUACAGAGUUUGAAGUCACUUUCUGCCAGUGAUAGUAAUGUUACAAACCUAACAAAUGGAGCUGCUAAUAUUCUACCACAGAAUAAUGUUGCUUCAUUAGUAAAUUUAUCUGCUCCACCACAAGUUCCAGUACAGCCUUUAAUUAGUGGGAUGCCUAUGACUGGAUCUGUUCCACGUCCGCUUAUAGGACCACCACCUGUAAAUGGACCAUUACCAGGACAUUCUAUUAGGCCUGUUUCACCAAUGACCUUACCAGCAUCACGACAAAGUAGACAGAAUGUGGCUGCCACUACACAUGCCACAACUCACACAGCGUCAAAGCCACCUGCUCGACCUGCACCACCCUCUGUGGGAAUCGUGCCUUCUACAAGUACUACCACUACCACUACCACCACUCCCAGUGGUGGUCCUCAAAGACCUACACCACCCUCAAAUAUUGGGGCAAAUUUUUCACCUGCUACUAGUGGUCCACCACCAAAGCCAGCACCGCCUUCAUUUCCUAAUAGCCCUGUCGCUACUGGGAUUUCACCAGUCAAAAUUCCACCUGUUUCUGCCACAGCUAUUGUUCCUCCUGUUGUUCAAUCUGUACAACCAAUGACUACAUCUACCAUGGAUUUACUUGAUCUUGAGUUUUCAGGGAUGUCUGCAGCAGCACCAAUUGCACCUUUAAAUACAACUCCAACACCAAUGGCUGCUUUUGGUAUGGCACAAGCAAUGCCUAUGCAACCAUUAUCUUGUACUAGUAUGAUUGCAGGUGGUUCUACUAUGGUACCAUCUAUUGCACCAAUGUCCACUGGAACUGGUGUAGUAUCGACUCCUCCAGUUGUAGGUUUACCUCUAGUAUCAGCAACCACAGCAAGUACGUUAGUGAAUGGUGUAAUUGCUCAAACACCAGUAUCCACAAGUACACCAUUAAGUACAACUGCACGUCCACCAAGUAUAGAUAGGGUGGGUUCGGUUGAUUCACAACAUAGUCAGCAUUCAGUAGGUUCUCCACAAUCUGUGGAAUGGGCUGUACCUCAUCAAACAAAAUUGAAAUAUACUCAAUUAUUUAAUACCUGGGACAGGGCGCGAUCUGGAUUUCUAUCUGGCCCUCAGGCCAGAAAUAUUAUGGUGCAGUCACAAUUACCUCAACAAGUGUUGGCACAGAUAUGGGCGUUAGCGGACAUGGAUUCGGAUGGUCGUUUGAGUUGCGACGAAUUUGUAUUAGCAAUGCAUUUAUGUGAUAUAGCUAAGCUUGGUGAAAAGAUACCCACCACAUUACCAAUUGAACUUAUACCACCUGCAUUCAGACGUCAACGACAAAGUAGCUUAACACUUUCACAAACUGGAACGGAAAACGUAGAUCCAUCGGCUGGUAUGCCGCAAACCUCUUUUGAAGACAAACGUAAAGAAAACUUUGAGAAAGGACAAGCGGAGCUAGAACGUAGACGCAAGGCUUUAUUAGAAAUUCAACGUAAAGAACAAGAAGAACGUGAACGAAAAGAAAGGGAAGAGGCUGAGAAACAAGAGAAAAUUAGAUUAGAACAAGAAAGACGAAGACAAGCAGAGAUUGAGAAACAAAUGCAAAGGCAGAAAGAGAUUGAACAGGAAAAGGAAGAACAACGAAAACGAGCUCAAGAACAAAGAGAAGCAGCAAGAAAAGAGAUGGAAAGACAACGACAAUUAGAAUGGGAAAAACAGAAAUCACAAGAGCUUCAAACUCAGAGACAAAAAGAACAAGAUGUCUUACUAAAAUUGAAAGCAAAAAAUCAAACAUUAACUAUCGAAUUAGGAACACUUAACGAUAAAGUGAAAGAACUAUCUCAAAAAAUCUGUGACACUCGAGUUGGUGUAUCUGGAGUAAAAACGACGAUUGAUGGAAUGCGGUCGACACGUGAUGCACAGUUACAAGAGAUGGCUGCCUUAAAGAAUAAACUUCGAGAACAAAACCAAAGAUUACUAGCCUUGAGUCAAGAGAAAGCUCGAAUCGAAGCAAAGAAUAAGCUAAAUACAGCUAUGGAGUCGGCGGGCCAAGAAGCAAUCAAAAUGGCAUUCGAUAAUAAGCAAAUUACCCUGAAACAAAUGAAGGAUAAAAUUGCUGAUUUACAACAGCAGAUUGAUGCUAAAAUGGCUGACAUAGAAAAUAAUAAUGGCCAGCUUCAAGAUAUUAAAACGCAACUGGAAACUUUAGUGGCUGACUGUAAGAAUCUUUACUUAACUUUCGAAGAUAAAAAAUUAAAAGUUUUAGAACUCAGAGCAAGUGGUGGUACUGGAGCUGGUACCGAUUAUACAACAUCUGCAUGGGGUGAUAGUGGUUGGAAUGAUACUUCAGCGGCAGUUAACGAUUCUGCAUGGCCUGUUAAUGAUACCACCACAACUAACGCAGUGGAAGAAACUACUCCAGGGGUUAUGAAAUAUAGAGCCUUAUACGAAUUUGUAGCUAGAAAUCAAGACGAAAUAUCGUUUCAACCUGGUGAUAUUAUCUUGGUACCACCUGUUCAAAACGCAGAACCAGGAUGGAUGGCUGGCGAAAUUCGUGGUCAUACUGGUUGGUUCCCGGAAUCUUAUGUAGAACCAAUAGAUGUUGGCAGCACAAAUGAUAAUGCUUUUGUACAACAAGACAGUGUGGAGAAGAGAACGUUAGAAGGGAUUGCUGAAGUUCCUGAGAAUGUAUCUGAUGCCGGAUCACUCAGCGAUGAGCCUCCUCCUGUUGAACCUAUCAUACCUACUCUUGGAUUAGGAGUAGUUUGUGAUAUACAAGUAACCACUUUGUAUCACUAUCGUCCUACGAUAGAGCAACAUCUUCUCUUUGAGAAAGGAGAUAUUAUCAAAGUAGAUGAACAACAGGGGGAUUGGUGGUAUGGUACAUCUGGUAAUGGAGCUAAGGGUUGGUUCCCUAAAUCGUAUGUCAAGGAAAUUUCUGCUAAUCAAACUGCAGUAGUUGAAGGACUCAAUGAAUACUACGUAGCCUUAUAUCUAUAUGAUUCCGCCGAGGUUGGAGACUUAACUUUCAACCAAGGAGAAGUUAUAUUAGUCACUAAAAAGGAAGGUGAUUGGUGGACAGGCACUACAGGAGAUAGGAGUGGAAUUUUUCCUGCCAAUUAUGUAGAAAAAUGCGAUGCUCCAGAUCAGGGUGCCUCUAUAACUACUAACGUAUCUGAAACAACCGCGAUUACUGAAACAACUGAGGACACAACCACAAGUAAUCAUGAAACAGCUAGUUCAAUUGCUCAGGCAACAUUGCAAGCAGAGAAAACUGCUGAGCAACUCGAAGAUGAAAGACAAGCCGCGGAAGAUAGAGCAGAAUUGCCAGAUUUUUCCGCAAUGGCUGCGCAGCAGUAUCAUAAGAGAGGAAGGAAACCUGAAAUUGUACAAGUUAUUGCACCUUAUCAAGCCACUAGUUCUGAGCAGUUAGAUUUACAAAAGGGACAAUUAAUAAUGAUUCGUAAGAAGACAGAUAGUGGCUGGUGGGAAGGAGAAUUACAGGCACGUGGUAAAAAAAGACAAAUUGGUUGGUUUCCAGCUUCUUAUGUUAAACCUUUAACCAGUAGUAGCAAUCGAAGUACACCUGUUUCUCAUGGAUAUCAAGACUCUCCUACAGAUCCAAAUGUUGAACGCGUUAUGGCAUUGUACCCGUAUCAGGCUCAAAAUGAGGAUGAAUUAAGUUUCGAGAAAGGCGACGUUAUAACCGUACUUGCGAAGGAUGAAGCAGCAUGGUGGAAAGGCGAAUUAAACGGAAUGUCUGGCGUUUUCCCUAGUAAUUAUGUAUCUCCUAUGUCUAAUGAGAUGACAACUAACUUACUAGUGGCUGGAUUGGAUUCCAUGGAAAGAAAACGACAAGAAUACAUAAAAGAACUUAUCACAACUGAACAAGCAUAUAUAGAGGACAUGAGACUUGUUCACGAGGUUUUCGAGAAACCUCUCAUUGAAAGUUUAGUUUUAACCGUGGAUGAAGUAGAUAAAAUAUUUGUUAAUUGGAGAGAUAUUAUUGCGUGUAACGAUAAUUUCUUAAGAACAUUACGGAUACGACGAGAUAAUAGCGAAGGAGGGAUUGUAAGAAUGAUUGGAGACAUUCUAUGUGAAAAUAUACCUAGAAUGUCAGCAUAUAUAAGAUUCUGCAGUUGUCAAAUAUCCGCUGCUGUCUAUCUUCAGAGAUUGACUGAAACUAUGCCAGAAUUUGUCAAAGUUGCUCAAAUUUGUCAGCAAGAUCCACGUACAAAAGGAAUGCCUUUGAGCUCUUUCCUUAUAAAACCAAUGCAAAGGAUAACAAAAUAUCCUCUUAUUAUUGGCAAAAUUUUAGAGCACACACCAGUUGAGCAUCCUGAUAGGCAAUAUCUCCAAGAAGCAUUGGCUAAAGCUGAAGAAUUUUGUACUCAGGUAAACGAAGGAGUUAGAGAGAAAGAAAAUAGUGAUAGAUUAGAAUGGUUGCAAACACAUGUGGCAUGUGAUGGUCUUGAAGAACAACUUAUCUUUAAUUCUUUAACCAAUUCUUUAGGUCCACGAAAACUUCUUCAUUUUGGUAUACUUCAUAAGGCAAAAAGUGGAAAAGAACUUGUUGGAUUUCUCACAAACGACUUCUUACUGUUUGCUCAACCAGUACUCAGCAGGAAGUCUUUAUCCAGUGGACAACAGUUUUCAUUUGAGAGAAACGAACAUCAAAAAUUCAAGAUGUAUAGAAAGCCAAUAUUUUUAAAUGAAUUAUCUUUUCUGGGUGAUUUAGAGAUGAAUGGUAAUAUUAGUUUAGGUUCCUGUGAAGGUUCAGAAAAUUCAACGAAAAUAUUGAGACUAAAAGACCAAAAAAAGCCAAUAAUAUUAUUAGCACCGUCUCCAAGUGAAUGUUCACUAUGGAUUAGAAGAAUUACAGAAGCAAGAAAGAAAUUUAUGGAGAACGAAAAAACACGUUUGCAAAGACAAAGAUCAAAGCAGGCGCAAUUUGGAGCGUGUGGCAGAAUUCUUGUUACAGUGCUUGAAGGUUUCAAUUUAAAGACAAUACCUGUUCGCAGAAGACCACCCCAGGGUAGACUUCGAUUAGUAAUUGUGGAAGCUGAAGAUUUAAUUAUGUUGAAAAAAGGAAAGUGCAAUACAUUUUGUAAAGUGAGUAUGGGCUCACAAGAAGAGAGAACGGGUGUCAUAUCAGGAACUGAUUGCCCUUUAUGGGAUACAUCAAUGCAGUUUCAAGUAAAGGAUUUACUCGAGGAUACUUUAUGUAUCACGGUCUUUGAUAAAGGCUAUUAUAGUCCAGAUGAAUUCCUUGGCCGAGCAGAAAUAAGAGUUGCUGACAUAAUGAGAGAUAGUAGAGAUUCGUGUGGGCCAAUACAGAAACGUAUUCAAUUACAUGAAGUCGAAAAAGGCAUUGUUGUGUUGAAGUUGGAUUUACGACUCUUUGGUAAUCGAUAAAAGGAUUACAUUACUUAUAUUUAGAAGUAAAUGACUAUGACAUAAAUUAAAAAUUGUUACUGCUGACUAGAUUUUCCAUAUCAUUAAUUAUAAGAAAACAAAUUCUUGCCUUAAUGUAAUUGGUAAUUGUAGUUUGGUAAUCAUAAGUGAUCAAUAAGGGCACAAACAAUUAAUAUUUUAUUGUAUAUUUAUUUUAUUAUAUUUUAAGAAAGUUUAUGAUAUAUGCAUUCUUUGCAAUGCAUCCUUUUCAUCAUAUGAAAUUGAUAUUCUGAUAUUAGUUUAUAAGAAAGCGAGUACUUAUAUUAUUUUCCAUGUUGUAUAAAGUUCAUCCAAUCACGUCAAUUCUUAGUCUUCCUUAGAAAUUAAUAAUUUAUAUUCGUUUAAAGCGCUACAGUAUUAUUGUUAUUGUAAAAUUGAUAGUAUAUAGCCAGGGAGCAUUUGUUUUUUAUAUUAAACACAUUGUACAAAGUAUGACGCAUUUAGGAGGGCAUUAAUAUAAAUAAACGGAGUAUGCAAUAAAUAA